CACUGGUCCUGUGAACACCAUAGUUCCGUGAUGGUGAUGAUGAUGGUGAUGGUGAUGGUGAUGGUGGUGGUGAUGGUGGUGUCAUUGCUACUGUGGUGGUGAUGGUGGUGAUGGUGAUGGUGGUGGUGGUGGUGAACAUGUCAUCGCUACCUGUUUUGUUAUGGUGGUGAUGGUGGUGAUGGUGGUGAUGGUGGUGAAACUAUCUCACAAUUCCUGACUAGAUAAAUGAGAUAAGAGAGAGAAAGAGAGAGAGAGAGUGAGAAAGAGAGUUUUUAAAGUGAAAGAUAGUGAUGAUGGUGAUAAUGAUGAUGAUGAUGAUGAUGAUGAUGAUGAUGGUGGUGAUGGUGGUGGUAGUGAGGGAUUGACUGGAAUAAUAGUGAAGAAGUGAAGAAAGAAGAAAAAAGAAGAUAGUCAACAAAAUAAUAAGACUCGACACGUGGAAACAACUGGAUGAGGUAGACGGCGAGAGACGGCGAGGAAGAGCAGAGAGCGGAGAACGUUUUCAAGCCGGGCCGACUCAGUCUGUCACGAACCUUGGGAGAGAGAGGGUGUCGUGCGCUGCUCUCCUGACGCCCUCGCACGUUCCCCUCACCCCUCCCUUCAUCUAGCUCCACCACGUUCUCCUCGCUACUAGCACGCCCUUACAGCCAUGCGGUGGCUCACCCAUACCGUGGCCAUCGCCUUGGCCGCCUUCACUCUGUCCAUUAUUGUCUGUGAGACCUCAGCCAACGCGGUGUUUGAACUGAAACUAAAGCAUUUUGUGAACUCCUACGGGAGAGACAUCAAGGGACAUUGCUGCAGUGGGUACCGGGACACCCAAGGGCAGUGUAGUGGAGGGUGCAAUACAAAGUUUCGAGUGUGCCUGAAGGUGUAUCAAGAAAUUAUUGAUCCUAAUUCUCCGUGUACUUUUGGAGAAGCCAUAACACCAAUCCUGGGAGAAAAUGAUGUGGACUUUUCAAAUUUAGCGGAAGAUGACAGUGAAUUUGAUAACCCCGUGAGGUUCAUGCUUGCGUCCUGGCAGGGCACCUUCUCCCUCAUCAUUGAAGCUUGGCACGACGAUGGAACUAACGCAACCACUAAUUAUGCCGGGCCAGUUCUGAUCACGAGACUGAUGACGCAGCGCUCUCUGGACCUGGGCGAGAGCUGGAACGAGGACGACCACCGUACGGAUCACGCCUCCCUCAGCUACGAGUACAGGGUCGUGUGCCAGGAGCAUUACUACGGUGAGGGCUGCAGGAAGAGUUGCCGGCCCAGGGAUGACACCUUCGGCCACUACCUUUGCAACGCCACGGGAGACUUGGUGUGCAUGGAAGGCUGGAAGGGGAUCGAAGGAUACUGUGUUGACCCAAUCUGUCGUGAGGGUUGCAGCACCACAUCUGGUUACUGCCACAAGCCUGACGAGUGCAAGUGCCUGAGCGGGUGGCAGGGCCCCAACUGUGACCAGUGCAAGAAGUACCCCGGCUGCCUGCACGGGAGCUGCGACACGCCGUGGCAGUGUAACUGUGACGAGGGCUGGGGCGGCCUGUUCUGCAACCAGGACCUGCACUACUGCACCAACCACCGCCCCUGCAAGAACGGCGCCACCUGCUUCAACACGGCGCCCGGCUCCUACUCGUGCGAGUGUCCGCCGGGCUUCUCCGGCACCAACUGCGAGAUUAUCAAUGACACGUGCGCCACCACGCCCUGCAGGAACGGCGGCACGUGCCUCGACACGGGCGACGACAACUUCGUGUGCCAGUGUCCCUCAGGCUACACGGGCCAGUACUGCCAGAUCUCCGGCCAGUCCUGCGCGGACCGCCCCUGCCAGCACGGCGCCACCUGCACGGACACCAAUACAGGGUACCACUGCCUCUGUCGCGCUGGCUUCGAGGGAACCAACUGCGAGCGUGCCGUGAACGAGUGCGCCUCGGACCCCUGCCUGAACGGCGGCUCGUGCGUGGACGAGCACGACGGGUUCCAGUGUGUGUGUCCCGUGGGCUACACGGGGCCGCGCUGCCAAACGAACAUUGACGACUGCGCACACCGCCCCUGCCUCAACGGCGGCACCUGCGUGGACGCCGUGGACUCCUACGUGUGCCGCUGUGUGCCGGGCUUCGUGGGUAAGCUGUGCCAGACCAACGUGGACGACUGCCGCGCCGCGCCCUGCGCCAACGGCGGCGUGUGUCAGGACCGCGUCAACGACUUCCAGUGCCAGUGUAAGGCCGGCUGGGGCAGGCAGUGCACAGAGCGCGUGACCUCGCCCUGCGCCUCGGGCCCCUGCAAGAACGGCGGCUAUUGCCAGGAAGCGGCGGAUCUAGCAGCUGGCUACCGCUGCUCGUGCCCUCACGGCGUGGGCGGGCCGCAGUGCACCAUCGCCACGGUGGUGGCAGGCGACGUGGUGUCCAGGCCUGAUGCGGAGGCCAUGUCGGCGGGCCAGGUGGUGCUGGUGGUGGUGUUCAGCACCGCCGUGCCCGUGCUGGUGGUGGUGUCCGUGCUGGUCAUCGUGUGCAUGAAGCGGAAGCGCGUGCGUGACCGCGCGCGGCAGGACGAGGAGGCGCGGCGGCAGAACGAGCAGAACAUGGUACACAACGCGGUGAACGCCAUCAACAAUAAGUGUCUGGAGGACCACAUGAUCUUCAACUCCCUGGACUUCCCCAUCAAGAAGCCCCUCAACACCGCGCCGCCGCCCCCUGCUCCCCUGCACCACUCCCACCACCACCACCACCACCUGCACCACCACGACCACGACUACAAGAAGCCCGCGGAGAACGCGUACUCCGCGGUGCCCACGCGCAGCAGCAAGACGCUCAACACGGACGUGUCGCGCCUGUCGCUGGCUGACCGCCUCGAGAAGGACUUCGAGGCCCCGCCCAGCGCCCGCGGCACGCCCACCUCGGACUUCGGCGCCCCCUGCAAGGUGUUCCCGGAGCCCUUCCUGCCGCGCACCCACAGCCACAGUGAAGUCUACACGAAACGAGGCGGCAUUGGCGGCGGUGGUGGUGGUUGCAGUAGUAGUGGAGGUGGGGGUGGCGGGGGGAGCGGAGGCGUCGGAGGUGGGGGCGGCAAUGACAUCCACACCUCCACCAACACCCUUACCUCCACCUUUACCCCCUCCACGUGCACCACCCCCUCCAGUGUGUUUGUCAUAGAGGAAAAUGAUGAAAAUUACAUAGCCACGGAAGUUUAGUAUCAGAGCAGUGCCAAGUGUCGGGGGGAGAGUGCCAGUGAUACGGACGCUUCUUGAGGGCCUCUCCCCACCAACCCCGGACCCGCACCCCACCAAGCCACUCCCCUGUUGAAAUGUUUUGGGGAAUAUUUGGGGAUUGUGAUGUUUAAAGACGGUUCUCUGUCUGGUUCUGUAUCUCUUUCUCUCUCGUACAGUUAAACAGUUCAGUAUUAUAUCUCAACUCCUUCUUCUUCUUCUUCUUCUUCCGUGUCGCUCCCCGACCUCCCCCCACCCACCCAACCACCCCCACCAAUAUAUAUAUAUAUUAAAAAAAAAAAAAAAAACAUCAGAAGUGAUUCUCUUUCACUUCCUAUAAGUCCUAAAUGCAUCCAAAGAAAAUAAAUAAUUCUCUUUUUUUUUCUCUCUCUUCUUUUUGCAUAAUUUUUUAAGUAUUGUGAAUGUUUCUAUUUAUUUAUUGUUAGUUAUUUUUUCUACUUUUUUUCUAUAUACUAAGUGGUGAUCCCGCGAGUGACUGUGUGUAGGGGGCGAGGGAGAGAGGGAGAGGGGGAAGGGGGGCGAGGUGAGGCUGGAAAUGGGGCGGGCAGGCUGGCUGGAAGGAAGGAAGGAAGGAAGGAAGGAAGGAGGGAUCUGGAAACCACCUCUACUCUACCCCCCUCCUCCUCUGUCUCCUGUAUCCCCUCCCCCUCCUCUCUCUCCCUCGCCCUUAUUAUUUAGACAAGGCCACGUCGUGUGUGCGUGCGUGUGUGUGUUAGUAUGUGUGUGUGCGUGCGCGCAUACUCACAGUCGAUCUCACAAAGUUAAUUAAAAAAGCAGAGUUGCGUGUACGUGCAUGCGGGGGCGUGGGCGUGGGCGUGGGUGUGACAUGGGCGUGGCACUCCUACCCACCCUCCUCCUCCUCCUCCCUUCGUCAACCCUGUUAGAAUUUUUUUUAAAGGGUAUCAAAUUAUUUUCUACUUUUCUACGUAUGUGAGAGAUGGGCGUGUGUCUGCCCCCCUCCCUGCCCCCACCCCCCAUGACGCCCCUCACGCCCGCACCCCGCCCCCGCAGCCUCGUCAGGGCAUUAGGAGGGCGUGCUGAGGGACAUGGCCGCGGGGAAGUCAAGUGUUGUGUACCAAAAGUAAUAUUAUUUAGUUAAGUCGCCAUUAUUUUUUUUUUUUCAUCUCAUCUCAUUAUCUCAUCUCUUUUCGCAUGUAUUUUCUCCUAUCUCAUGUCUCUUUUCUCCCUCUCUUUCUCUCUUCUUCUUCUUCUUCCUCUUCUGCCUCUGUUUUAUUUGCCUAUCUCUCUGUCCUCUUUUUUGUUUUCUUCAUCUUCUCCUCACCUCCGAUCUCUCUCUCUCUCUCUCUCUCUCUCUCUCUCUCUCUCUCUCUCUCUCUCUCUCUCUCUCUCUCUCUCUCUCCUUAUUCUCUGUCACACGUUCUUUCCUCCUCCUCCUCCUCCUCCUCCUCCUCCUCCUCCUCCUCCUCUUCAUCUCACCUCUCCCCCAUAUCACGGUUCCCACACUAAUAAUUUAAGUCUGACAGGUAAAUGUUACUUAAUGUAUCUUUGUUUUUUGUUUUUUCACCUUUUUUAUACCAAGAGUCAAAGUGAUGAUGAUGAUGAUGAUGAUGGUGAUGAUGAUGAUGGUGGUGAUGGUGAUAGUGGUGAUGAUUUUCUGUGACGAAAUGAAUUGAUGAAAAAAAAUAAGUAAAAUUUGUUAUUUAUUUAUUUAUUUAUUUAUUUAUUUGUUUAUUUGUUUAUUUAUUUAUUCUUUGUAUUCAUCUCCAGUGACUUAUUAUAUAAUGUACUUUUUUCCUUAAUAUUCUGACUUGAAAAAAAUGUGCAGUUGUAAUUCCAGGUAACUAAAUAAUUUGCCAGAUAUGUAAUUUAAUUUUAUCAUUUAAUGUGACUUUUCUCUAUGAGUGACAAUUGUAAAGAGUGUUUGUUUGUGAUGGUGAUGGUGGUGGUGGUGGUGGUGAUGAAUAAUGAAUAAUGAAUUAAAUGAAUUGUAUCAUGACACAGGUAAAAACACACACACACACACACACACACACACACACACACACACACACACACACACACACACACACACACACACACACAAUGUACGUUUUUCUGUGCAUACACGUGGAACAAAAUCGACACACACACACACACACACACACACACACACACACACACACACACACACACACACACACACACACACACACACACACAGUCACUGGAGCACCUGCCUGUCCAUCUGUCUGUCUGUCUGUCUGUCUGUCACAUCAUCCUUGUACACCCUCAUCCCUGUGACUCUUGCAAGUGUACAUGAUGUUAUUAUUAUUAUUAUUAUUAUUAUUAUUAUUAUUAUUAUUAUUAUUUAACUUUGUAUAUAUCCUGUAAAUCUUGUGUAAAUAUGAAAGUGUCCAAAGGGAAAUAAAAAGCAAUAUUUUUUCAAC